UUCAAAGAACAGAAGACCCCAACGAGAUACAGACAAAACCCAACCGAAGCACGAGGAAAAAAAAAAACACAAAAACAGCAAUAGAAGAGGUUUCUAGACUUCUAGAAUAGGAUACAAAGGAAAAGACCAAUCAUCGGGUAUAUUUAUAUUUUAUUUUAUUUUUUUAAAAUAAUUUAUAUUUUAUUUAUAUAAUAGAAGUCAGACAACAAGGCAGAAAGAAAGUAAUUUGAAAUGAAAAAGGUAAAAUGUUUUUGGAAAAUGUUUUUCUCGUGUUAUAUAUGAGAUAAAUUAUUUCAUAUAACACAGAGAAAGAUGAAUGAGACUCACUAAAAAAAAGAAAGAAAAAAAUAAGUCUUACUCUCACUUUAUUUGUGUGUUGCAUUUAUUCGUGUGUUGCAUGAGAUAAUUUAACUCAUGGAGAAAAACAUAUCCCAAUGUUUUUUUACUCUUGUCCUAGACGAUGUAUCCCACGUCAUGCCCUGCCGUUACCUAGCUGGAUAUCAACCCCACCACAGACCCACCACCACCACCACCUCUCCUUCCCCCCAAUCCUCGCCGUGCUCUCUUCUCUCUCUUUUUUUUUUUCUUGUAUCUCCCACUUACCAGUUACUAUACCUUGAUAUGAGAACCAAUUCUGCUACUCUAUCUCCACCAACACACUCCUACUCUUUCAUUCAGGACGACACCUACCCCCUUUAUUUUACCUCUGAAAACUCAAAUUUGACUUGAAAUCUUGAACACUCACCACCAUUUUUGACCACACCCCUCAUUAAGUUUUCCUUUUCCCACCUAUUUUAUUCCCAAAAAAACAUUCCCCCUUCCUCUGCUUCUAUCAAGAUAAAUCCUCCCUCUGCAUUGCAAAAACAACACAAAAAAACAGAGGAUAUGAAUAUGACAACUCUCACAUCAACAACCUCUUUCUCCAUCACCCAGCUAACCCCAUAUCUCAUAUGCUUCAUCCUCUUCCUCAUACUACUAGAACAGAUCUCAUACCUCUCCAAGAAGCGUUUCAUUCCAGGCCCAUCCUUGGUGCUACCCUUCAUAGGCAACGCAAUCCCAUUGGUGCGAAACCCAACAAAGUUCUGGGACCUUCAAUCCUCACUGGCAAAGUCCACCAACCUUGGGUUAUCCGCUAACUACAUCAUCGGCAACUUCAUCGUCUUCAUCAGAGACACCGAACUCUCCCACAAGGUCUUCUCCAAUGUCAGGCCCGAUGCCUUCCACCUCGUGGGCCACCCCUUUGGCAAGAAGCUCUUCGGCGACCACAAUCUCAUCUAUAUGAUGGGUCAAGAUCACAAGAAUCUCCGCCGUCGGAUCGCACCCAACUUCACCCCCAAGGCCCUCUCCACCUACACCUCGCUGCAGCAGAUUAUUAUCCUCAAUCACCUUAAGUCAUGGGUUGAUAAGGCCCACCAUCCAAUCCCACUCCGGGUCCCGGCCCGCGACAUGAACCUCGAGACCUCCCAGACCGUCUUCGUGGGCCCAUACCUUGGCCCAAAAGCCCGAGAGCGGUUCGAGCGAGAUUACUUCCUCUUCAACGUUGGACUCAUGAAGCUCCCCAUUGACUUCCCCGGCACCGCCUUCCGAAACGCCAGGCUCGCCGUCGACCGCCUCGCCGCAACCCUAGCCACCUGCGCGGAGAUGAGCAAGGCGAGGAUGGAGAAGGGGGAAGAGCCUUCGUGCCUAAUCGAUUAUUGGAUGCAGGACACGCUCAGGGAGAUCGAGGAGACGAAGCUCGCCGGAAAGCCAGCGCCGCCGUACUCCAGCGACGCCGAGAUCGGUGGUUACCUCUUUGACUUCCUCUUUGCGGCUCAGGAUGCGUCCACGUCGUCGCUGCUGUGGGCGGUGGCGCUGCUGGAUGAGCAUCCGGAGGUGCUGGCCAGGGUGAGGGAGGAGGUCGCCGGAAUAUGGUCGCCGGAGUCGGAUGCGCUGAUAACCACGGAGCAGCUAAGGGAGAUGAGGUACACGCAGGCGGUGGCGCGUGAGGUACUGAGGUAUCGGCCGCCGGCGACCCUGGUGCCGCACAUCGCUGCGGAGAGGUUCCCGCUGACGGAGUCGUACACGAUUCCGAAGGGAGCAAUCGUGUUCCCGUCGGUGUUCGAGUCGUCGUUUCAGGGGUUCAACGAACCGGACCGGUUCGAUCCUGGCCGGUUCUUGGAGGAGAGGCAAGAGGAUCAAAUAUUUAAAAGAAACUUUCUGUCUUUCGGGGCUGGGCCCCACCAAUGUGUGGGCCAGAGGUACGCUUUGAAUCACCUUGUUCUGUUCAUUGCGAUGUUCGCCACAUUGAUUGAUUUCAAGAGGGACCGAACGGACGGCUGUGAUGAAAUCACUUAUGUGCCUACGAUUUGCCCCAAAGAUGAUUGCACGGUUUUUCUCUCUAAGCGGUGCACACGGUAUCCUUCCUUCCCUACUGUGGAGGAGCUCGUCAAGUGACAGCAGUGCCCUUGGUCCUGGGUUUGGUAAUUUGAUGCAGGCCACACCUUUUUUUUUUAAAAUGAAAUUUGAUUCUUGUGUUUUUUUAUUUUUUAGCCGUCACCAAAAGUUGUGUUGACUUGUGAUUGGGUUUUUAUUUUUUUGAUUUGUUGGUUUUAAAAUGUCCCCAUUCUUGUAAAAGUUUGUGUAUGUGAAUGUAAGAGGGCAUUGGAUGGUGGAUGAU